AUGGCACCCGCAUUUUCGCCGGAGACUUCCACCAGUCCUGACACCAAACCAGCCUUGGAUGAUGAGUUGCACUUGGCCCAUGUCUCUGAUGCCGCAGCUCUCUAUGGCCUCUUCAUUACGACAACAGUAUUUCUGAUAAUACUGAUAACCGGCCUAUGUGUUCUCUGCCUAGGCUUGGUUACUACUAUCAGUGGAUUGAUCUCGCUUGGCUUGUUGAUUGCGACUCGGCACUUCUACACCACGAAGAACAAGGCUAUCGACGUGGCCAUAGAGACAACGAAACCUGGGCUGGAUCUAUCACAUUUGCCAGCUAUAUCGUAUUUAUACGUCUUUGGAUCCGGCGGCCACACCACGGAGAUGACUGCACUGAUCAAGAUGAGCUUCAGGGCGAACAAGAACCAACAUCGUCGUUAUAUCAUCACGGAAGAGGACCAACACUCUCAAGAUCAGGAGAGAGCUCUCGAGAACUUGAUACAGGAGUCCUGUACUGGUGAAACUGCUGGCACAUACGACACUAUCAUCGUCCCCAGGGCCCGGAAAGUCUAUCAGUCGUAUCCAUCGUCAGUAUAUACCUCUCUAAGGUGCGCACUUGACAUCCUGGUUGCUUUGACGACGAUACCGGCCCAGCGUGCCGGCACACCCAACGCCAAGGAGUUCCAAUACCCUCAUGUCAUUGUCACAAACGGGCCAGGAACGGGGUUCAUCGUGGGCCUCAUGGCGCACAUCCUCAAAGUCCUCUAUCUUGUUCCACAGGAUCGGCUUCGAGUAGUCUUUGUCGAGACAUGGGCACGGACCCACAACUUGGGGCUCACCGGCAAGCUGUUCUAUUGGACUGACAUCGCCGAUGUGUUUGUGGUCCAGUCUGAGAAGCUUUCCAAGAUUGUGGGCAAGCCUAACAUUGGCAACGUGAAUCUGAGGUGGGCCCAGAGUCGACGGAAUCACAAGUCGCAUAGGUAG